CGCUGGAACCGGGAAGGGGGGGCGGGGGAGCGAUGGUCGCAAGAUGGCGGCGCUGAAGGAGGAUCGGAGCUACGGGCUGUCCUGCGGGCGGGUGAGCGACGGCAGCAAGGUGUCUGUGUUCCACGUGAAGCUUACCGACAGUGCCCUGAGGGCCUUCGAGAGCUACCGCUCCAGCCAGGAUUCUGUUUCACUGAGACCGUCAAUCCGAUUUCAGGGAAGUCAAGGGCACAUCUCCAUCCCCCAGCCUGACUGCCCCACGGAGGCACGGACCUUCUCCUUCUACCUCUCCAACAUUGGCCGUGACAGCCCCCAGGGCAGCUUUGACUGCAUCCAGCAAUAUGUGUCCAGCCACGGGGAUGUUCACCUGGAUUGCCUGGGCAGCAUCCAGGACAAAAUCACGGUGUGUGCCACCGAUGACUCCUACCAGAAAGCACGACAGAGCAUGGCACAAGCUGAGGAGGAGACACGGAGCCGUGGUGCCAUCGUCAUCAAGCCUGGAGGCCGCUACCUGGGCAAGAAGGUUCAGUUUCGGAAACCAGCCCCGGGGGCCACGGACGCCGUGCCCUCCCGGAAGCGGGCGACGCCAAUCAACCUGGCGAGUGCCAUCAAGAAGAGCAGUGUUGGUGGCAUUAGUGGGGGCAGUGGGGUGUCUCAGAGGCCCUUCCGUGACCGAGUGCUGCACCUCCUGGCGCUGAGGCCCUAUCGGAAGGCCGAGCUGUUGCUACGGCUGCAGAAGGACGGCCUGGCCCAGGCGGACAAGGAUGCGCUGGACGGCCUCCUCCAGCAGGUGGCCAACGUGAAUGCCAAGGAUGGCACAUGCACACUGAAGGACUGUGUGUAUAAGGAUGUGCAGAAGGACUGGCCUGGCUACUCGGAAGGGGACCAGCAGCUGCUGAAGCGGAUGCUGGUCCGGAAGCUGUGCCAGCCACAGAGUGCAGGUGGCCUCCCCGGAGACCCUGCUGCCUCCAGUCCUCCCAGGGAACAUGGAAGCUCCGCCUCGCCCCCUCAGAAACGACCACAGCCUCCUGAUUUCAUCGGUCCCCUGGCCAACAAGAAACUCAGGAUAUCACAUUUCACCCAGAGAGCUCAGCCUGCCAUCAAUGGGAAGCUGAGUGCACCCCAUGGCCGCGAGGCCCUAUUGCCUACCCCAGGCCCGCUGGCUGGCACGGAUGCCCACCUGCCCCCGCGGUUGGAGCCCCCGAGGGCCCAUGACCCCUUGGCUGACGUCAGCAAUGACCUGGGCCACAGCGGCCGGGACUGUGAUCACGGAGAAGUGGCCACCCCGGCCCCGACUACGCGCCUCGGUUUGCCCCUGCUGACGGACUGUGCCCAGCCCAGCAGGCCCCAUGGCGGCUCAUCGCGCAGCAAAUCCAAGAAGAAGUCCAAGAAGCACAAAGACAAGGAGAGGGCAGCUGAGGACAGGCACCAGGCCCGGUUGCCAGACCACUUACCCAGCCCCCUUGGAGCCCCACCAGAUGCCCCGGGUUUAAACGGGGCCUGCAACAGCUCGAGCGUCCCCACGUCAACCUCAGAGACCCCCGACUACUUGCUGAAAUAUGCCACCAUUUCCUCCUCGGAGCAGCGCCAGAGCUACAAGAACGACUUUAACGCGGAGUACAGCGAGUACCGCGACCUGCACGCGCGCAUUGAGCAGAUCACACGGCGCUUCACGCAGCUGGACGCCCAGCUCCGACAGUUGUCCCAGGGCUCCGAGGAAUACGAGACUACUCGCGGGCAGAUUUUGCAGGAAUAUCGAAAAAUCAAAAAGACCAACACCAACUACAGCCAGGAGAAGCACCGCUGCGAGUACCUGCACAGCAAGCUGGCCCACAUCAAGAGGCUCAUCGCCGAGUACGACCAGCGACAGCUGCAGGCCUGGCCCUAGCCCGAGGCCACGGGGCUGGUGGUCCAGGCCGGCUCCCCACGCCGGGCCAACCCUCCUGGAUGGUGGGGGAGCUGGGG